GCCUUUUUACAGCACCAUAUUCAAGGCAGAAACUUUCGCAAUUUACCAAGCCAUCCGAUACAGUGUUCAUCAGGAGCUGAGGAAAAGUUUCAUUCAGUCCCUCUCAUACUUUUCUCCUCCAUCGGAACCUUUGAUUUGCGAGAUCCAAAAUGUUUGUCUACAACAGUAGGGAGCAUAUAUUUAAAUUUAUUUAGAUCCCAGGUCUAAAUUGUAUUACUGGAAAUGAAACUGUUGAUAAACUAGCUAAUAUAGCAUCGUGAAAAAGCUAAUUAACUCACGGUAUUUCUAUUGUGUGUCUUUACACAUGGCUCAAAUGGUUCAUUUUACAAUAUCUAAUGGAACAUUGUUUGGAUCAGUUACCGGGUGGCACUUCCCUCUUUAUAUACUUCAUUAGGUCGACGCACUUAUUGUACCUCUUUCCGCAUCCUUUCCGAUUAUAAUUUUUCUCCUGCCCAUCUUGCUAAAGUACACAUUAUACAAAAUCCAUUAUGUUACUGUGGAGCGCAAUCAGCAGACAUUAAUAUAUUUUUUGUUAGAAUGCCCACAAUUUUCAGAACAAGUUACGACUACCAUUCCCAAUGAAAUUCCCGGAAACGUUAAUAGGUGCUCCAUUUACUAUUUACCGCAUAAUUUUUAACUUUUUCCACCAUCACGAUGUAUCCUUAUAAUUUCCAGUAAUCAUUCAUCGAAGUUUUCUUAGAAAAUUUUAUCACUCGUCACCGAUCCCGACAUACUGCUUUAGAUUUAUGCGAAUACAUAUCAAAUAGUAAUAUUUCAGUGCAAUUUUCAAUGGGCCUCUAUGCUUAAAGAUUUGGGCGUUGGCUUUCCGCUACAGGUCAUAAUUUAAAAAAAAUUCAGCAAUUGGAUGUUCGGAAUUCACUAACAGUUCGCCGUGCUGACCGACCACGAUGGCAGUGACUCUGUACUCCAUGUCGUGGAGUCCUCCGUGCAGAGCUGUGCUUCUGUUGGCCGAAGAGCUGGGCAUCAAGGUCAACAUUAAACCUAUUGAAACUACAAAGAAAGACCACUUGAAGCCAGAAUUCAUUAAGAUAAACCCUCAACAUUGUGUUCCUACGCUGGAUGAUGAUGGCUUCAUUUUGUGGGAAAGCCGAGCAAUCAUGGCGUACCUGGUGGAGCAGUAUGCCAAAGAAGACUCUCUGUAUCCAAAAGACCCAAAGAAGAGAGCCAUUGUCAACCAAAGGUUAUAUUUUGAUAUGAACCCCUUAUUUUCGUCGUUCAAAAAUUAUUUUGUACCAGUUGCACUUCAUAAGGAAGAUCCACAUGAGCCAUUUUUCACAAAAAUGCAAGAGGCCGUUGGCUUUUUUGAGAAAUUCUUAGAAGGGAAAGAGUGGGCUGCAGGAGACAAUAUAACUAUUGCAGACUACACACUUGCGGUGACCAUAUCUGACAUGCAGGCAGUAGGAUUGGUGCUAAGUCAUGACUAUCCUAAUGUCACAAAGUGGCUUGACAAGGUGAAAGCAUCAGUGAAGGGCUCCGAGGAACAGCUCGUAAAACAAUCCAAGGUGAUGGGACACAUGUUUAUGAAAAAUCUGAAGACUUUCUAGUUGUGUCUAGGACACAACUCUAUUGUUAAUGGAACAAUUUCAUCAAUAUUAUAAAGCAAUAUUAAUGCCAAAAAAUACAUAAAAAAAUUUAAAAUAAAAAUAUAAAUGAUUACAGCAAACACUGUUUCCAUGAUUGCAGCAGGUGUCAGAAAAAUGUACGUUUUUUUUUUUUUUUUUUUUUUUUAACCAGUAUGUUCAUAAUGAGAUGUAUUGUAUUAUUUUGAAUGAGAUAUGAACCUGUUGGGACAGUUUUGUGUUUUAGAUAUAGAUUUAUUUUUAUGUUUAUAUUGAUGAAUUGUAACACAGAUGUAUCAGCAUUUACACACUGCACAAAACAAAUGUAUCACAUUUUACACGCUUUGCAUUAAAAAAUAUUUUUGCAAA